AUGGUCACUACGGCUUUGAUUAUGGUCCCUAGGAAUUUCAGCGAUUGGGGGAUUGCCGCACCUGUGAGCCAGAUGGAAGUCUUCUUGGAGCUGGGAGGUGGCAGAAUCGUCAAUUGCAAUGUUGCUGAAGCUCUGAUACCAUGUAAGAAAACCAGCAGCAGCAGAAAGGAAGGCGUGCGCAAGCAGAGGUUUUGUUACAGAAAUUAUUAUCUUUUGCAGGAAUUUUCUGGAAGGGUCAUUAGAGUUGAACUAGCAAAUAGCUUUAAAAAACUCUACUCUGCUCUAGCCCCUACUAUUACUCCCAAGAGUGAGGCAAGAAACUGGAUCUAUGUAUCAAAUCUUGCUUGGAAUGUAAGGUCAGGUAAUCUUAGGGAGUUCUUCGCAGCCAAAUUCAAGCCUGUGUCUGCUAGAGUGGUUUUCAAUGGCCCGUCAGGGGGGUCUGCUGGAUAUGGGUUCGUUUCUUUUGCCACUAAUGAAGAAGCAGUGACAGCUAUUUCUGAAUUGGAUGAGAAGGAACUCAUGCGAAGGCCUCUUAGGCUGAAAAUUAGUCAAAAGGAUAGAGCUGAUGAACCUAACACCAGUCCAGAAGGCUAAAUCAGACGUCAAUCUUUAAGUUUUAGAUAGCCAAAUGGCAACAUCGCCCCUUGCUAGACGAAAGUGGAGUUUUGGUUUGAGCUUGCAGCGAACAAUUCUAAUGCUUACAGAAAGCUGAAAUGGAGAAGAAAUUUUUACUUGUUAUCAGUUGAAUUUUCUGCAGCAUAUUUCUACUGGUAUCACUAUCAAAAGCCUGCCUUUUCAUGAACUUCGUUUUUUUUUAAUUAUAAAGAUAACUAGUUUUCUUAUGUUUCAAAAGCUAAGCAGAAAUUGUGGCUGUAAAUGUAUCCAUUUCCUUCUUUACGACCUAAUAGCCAUUAAUGAGAAUAUACCCUGCCCAACUAUAUCAAAAAAACAGAAUGCUACAUAUUCUCUUAGAAAAAUUUUCAUCAAAGCAGCACUUACAGAUAGCACCUACAUUACUAGUGAGAGAAGAUAACUGUGGCCAAUGUGAGAGUAAACUUAAAUCCAUUUCUCAUCAUCACCUGCCAUACAUCAUUGAUAUCUAUAUAUGAUAUUUGUUAAGAAAGAAAUUAGAACAACCUAGGUUGUUAGUAUGACAUGGAUAUGAUUGCUAUUAGUAGGAUAAUUGGAUGGCUAGGAUUUGACCCGUUCAACUAGCAGGAAAAAGGUUGAGUGACCAUGUAUUGUAGCUCACCUUCCUGAUGAGAACAUUUAUCAUGGCCCUCGAUUGAGAAGUCGUUGAAAUUCUCAUUUUUUUUCGAAG